ACGACGAUGAUAGAUGGAAAGAGAAAGAGAAAGAGAAAGAAAGAGAAAGAUCUUAAGAUUUAUAGAAUCUGUGCUCACAACCUGUUCGUUCUUAUGCCCCAGUGGGUCCCUUCUAACACCAACUCACUCCUCCACCACCACGUCCUCCUCCACCACCACCACCACCACCACCAUCAGCCGCCGUCCCUCUCCACCAUCAUCGUACUCACUCCUUAAUAAAUAAAUUAAAAGCUCAUGGACUUCUCCCAAUUACCAUUUUUUUAUUCUUCUUUACUCCCCACCCCAAAAGGUCACUCCCAUCCUCUUCUAUAUAUCUUCUCCGUAUUCAUAUUUAUGCUCGCCGGCCAUGCCCACGCCGGUCAGCUUAGCCAGGCAAUGCUUGACUUCCGAUGCAGCCCACGCGCUCGACGAGGCGGUCGCAGUCGCCCGCCGCCGCGGCCACGCCCAGACCACCUCCCUCCACGCCGUUUCCGCCCUCCUCUCUCUCCCCUCCUCCGCCCUCCGCGACGCCUGCUCCCGCGCCCGAAACUCCGCCUUCUCCACCCGCAUCCAAUUCAAGGCCCUCGACCUCUGCCUCAGCGUGUCCUUAGAUCGCCAGCCUUCAACCCAGCGGGUCGACGACCCGCCCGUCUCCAACUCUCUCAUGGCUGCCAUCAAACGCUCGCAGGCCAACCAGAGACGGCAGCCCGAGAACUUCCACCUGUACCAGCAAAUGCAACAACAGCAGUCCUCGAUGUCGUGCGUCAAAGUCGAGCUCCAGCACAUGAUUCUCUCCAUUCUCGACGACCCGGUCGUCAGCCGGGUCUUCGGGGAAGCGGGUUUCCGGAGUUGCGACAUUAAGCUCGCUAUCGUCCGUCCCCUCCCGCAACUUCUGCGAUACCCGCGUACUCGCGGCCCGCCUCUGUUUCUCUGCAACUUUGCCGGCGAUUUGGACCCGGGUCGUCGGAAUUUCGGGUUCCCGUUUUCUGGGUUUUCCGGAUUGGAUGAGGAUUCGAGGAGAAUUGGGGAGGUGCUUGCUAGGAAGAAGGGUAGGAAUCCUCUGCUAGUCGGCGCAUGCGCAAACGAUGCUCUUCGGAGCUUCUCUGAGACCGUGGAGAGAAGGAAAGGAGGCGUGUUGCCUGACGAAGUGUCUGGAUUGAGCAUAAUCUGUGUUGAUAAUGAGAUUUUGAGAUACGUUAGUGGGAAUUGCGAUAAGGGGGUGUUGAAUUUGAGGUUUGAGGAGGUGGGUCGAAUGGCGAACCAGUGUUCGGGACCUGGGUUGGUUGUGAAUUACGGCGACUUGAAGGUGUUCAUCGGUGAGGCUGCGUCCGUUGAUGGCGUGAGGCAUGUGGUGGCUCAAUUGAUGAGGUUGUUGGAGGUUCACGGCCGGAGAGUGUGGAUUCUGGGAGCCGCAGCGAGUUACGAGACGUAUUUGAUGUUUAUGAGUAGGUUUCCCUCCAUUGAGAAGGAUUGGGAUCUUCAGCUUUUACCCAUCACUUCUCUUAGAUCUUCCAUGGGACAAUCAUACUCCAGAUCCAGCUUAAUGGAGUCAUUUGUUCCAUUUGGUGGGUUUUUUUCCACCCCUUCUGACAUGAAGGGAGUAAGCAGUUCAUAUCAAUAUCCUUCCCGCUGUCAGCCAUGCAAUGAGAAGUGUGAACAAGAAAUUACAGCUCUUUCCAAGGGAGUAUUCACUGCUUCAGUGGCAGAUCAGUACAGAUCUAGCUUGUCUUCUUGGUUGCAGAUGGCUGAAUUUGGGAUGAGCAAGGGAUUGGAUGCUGUGAAGGCCAAAGAUGAUGGAAUGGUAUUGAAUGCAAAAGUUGCGGGCCUGCAAAAGAAAUGGGACACUAUUUGCCAGCGUCUUCAUCACUCUCAACCACUGUCUGAGGCAGAUAUAUAUCAAGUGGGUUCUCAAGUUCCAGUCGUCGUGGGCCUCCAGUUUGCUGAAGACAAGAAGGACAAUGCUAACAAUAACAGCAGAAACAAUAUAAAUGAAUCUGUGAACGAAAAUAAAUGCAAAAAUAUGAAUUCAUGUAUAUCUGCAGAUUUACGAAAGAUCUCUACUUCAAAAGCAAGCAUUUCACCUCCCCUGGCUUCCGAGGCUAAGAAUGAGGACUUCCUUUCCAAACUACGGGAAAAACCUUCAAGAGCUGAAAAUCCUGAGCAAGGUGGCCUCAGUUCUACUUGCAGUUUGUCAAAUUCAAGCGUGGGUGAUGGCCGAACAUCUCCGACUUCUGCAACUUCUGUGACGACUGAUUUAGGGUUGGGAAUAUAUCCUGUGCCACCCAUCACAGAACUGCAAAAGCCUAUGAAACGAAACUGUGCAGAGCAUGUGCAGAAUUUAUCAGGUUGCAUUUCUGCCAAUGUUGAUUUGGCUAAUGACUGUGUCACACUCCGUCCUGCUAUCUCCUCAUCCUGCUCGUGUGUUGAUUUCAUUGGGCAUUUUGAUCCAAGAGAUUUCAAGGCACUUUCUAGAGCUCUUGCUGGAAGGGUUGGGUGGCAAGCUGAAGCUUUAGGUGUCAUUUGCCAAACAAUAGCUCGCCGCAGGACGUCAAAUGAAAAGCGCCAUGGAGCAAGUGUCAGAGGAGACAUAUGGUUCAAUUUCCUUGGACCUGAUAGGUUUGGAAAGAAAAAAAUUGCUGUUGCACUUGCUGAGAUUUUAUAUGGAAGCAGGGAGAACUUCAUCUGUGUAGAUCUAGGUUCACAAAAUGGGAUAUUACAUAGAAAUCCAUCUAUUGAUCUCCAGGAUAUGAAUAGUUACGAUAUAAAGUCCAGAGGGAAGACUGUUAUUGAUUAUAUCGUUGGGGAAUUGAGCAAGAAGCCCUUCUCCAUUGUUUUCCUUGAAAAUGUAGAUAAAGCUGAUCUGCUGGCUCAGAGUAGCUUGUCCCGUGCCAUUAUGACUGGUAAAUUCCCAGACUCUCAUGGUAGAGAAGUUGGCAGCAAUAAUGCAAUCUUUGUGAUGACGGCUUCCAGAUCCAACAGGGGUGAUGAUAUUCUCCCCUCUGGAAAGGAAUCCUCUAACCACUCUUUGGAAAGAAUAUUGAGAGCAAAGAGCUGCUCGAUGCAGAUUUUAGUACAUGCUCAUGGGAAAGGCACAAUAAGCCACGUCUCUAACCCAGUCUUCAUGAAUAAAAGGAAGCUGAUUGGUUAUGCUGAAACCUUUGAACAGCAUGGAACCUUGGAAACGGCCAAACGGGCCCAUAAGGCAUCAAAUUUGUGUCUGGAUCUGAACCUCCCAGCUGAAGAGAAUGAAGCACAAAAUACUGAUCAUGGAAACUUUAAUGGUGACUGUGUCUCUGAAAGCUCCAGGGCUUGGUUGGAAGAUUUCUCUGAUCUGGUGGAUGAAACAGUGGUUUUCAAGCCGUUUGAUUUUGACACACUUGCUGAGAACAUAAUGAAGGAUAUCAGUGAGCAGUUGCACAAGAUUGUUGGAUCAGAGUGUUCACUAGAGAUUGAUUUGAAAGUCAUGGAGCAGAUACUUGCAGCUGCAUGUCUGUCAGAAAGGGAUAGGGUGGUGGAAGAUUGGGUUGAGCAGAUUCUCAGCAAGGGAUUUGUGGAAGCUCGGAAGAGGUACAAUCUCACAACUCAUACUGUUGUGAAACUUGUAGCUUGUGAGGGGACUAAGUUGGAUGCUCAAGCACCAGGGGGUUGCCUGCCCACAAAGAUAAUUCUAAACUAACAUCCUCUGGACUCUUAUUCUUGUAAUUAGGUGUAUAAUGUAGGAUUCAGCCUCUAGAAAAUGCUUUUUUUUCUAAAGCCUGUUAAUCCCAUAAUUUUAAUGGGUUUUUUGCAGGCUGUGCUUGUGUAUUAUAAAAUCUCAAGUUAAGGCAGCAGGUGUGAUCAUCGUUUUUCA